UACCUCUGCUGGCUUUUCAUUCCCGAAAGGCUUCUCCACAGCAUUGGAAUUACUUAUUAUCCAUCAAAAUAUUGGGCCGUCGCUGGCCCUGCAUGGCUCACUAUAGCUGUCGUGUGGGGACUCUGGCUGUACGAAGGGUGCGUGCUGCAGCCUACGGAAAAGAUU